AUGAAUGGCACAAAUCGUUACGACAAAACUAUAGGGAUAUGGAUGUCGGAUAAAAAGAGUCAAAAACUGAACUGGAAUGAAUUAGUUUGUGUUUGUGCUUCACAUGGCUAUAAUCUUACUAAGUUGGAUUUAGAGAGACCAUUGGAAGAUCAAGGACCUAUAGAUAUUUUUUUACAUAAAUUAACUGAUAUUCUAGCUGCGGCAGACCAAGGUGAUGCGAAGGCAUCUUUUACAAUCAGCAGAGUGGAACAGUAUUUGUCAAAUCAUUCAAAUGUUAUCGUAAUUGAUCCAUUAGAUAAUGUAAGAAUUCUACUGAACAGGUAUAGAUAUUACUCCAUACUUCAUAAUGAACCAUCAUUUAGAAACCAAAGUAUUAUGACGCCAAAUUUUGCUGAAUUCACAACCAGUGAUGUGGACUUAAAUUAUGAUAUAAUGAUACAGAGAGGUGUAAAGUUUCCAGUGAUAUGCAAGCCCAGUCUUGCACAUGGUUCUAAAUUAGCACACGAGAUGGUUGUAAUAUUUAAUAAGACUGGUCUCAGUGUUUGUAAACCUCCGUGUGUUGUGCAGAGUUUUGUUAAUCAUAAUGCUGUUCUACAUAAAGUAUUUUUAAUUGGAAACAGAUAUCAUAUAUGUGAGAGACCAAGCUUAAAAAACUUUAAUGCGUCAGAAAACUUAGCACCGAUUUUCUACAGUACUGGUGAGGUUUGUAAAGCUGAUAGCCAGUCUACUCUCUCCAUAUUGGAUCCUCACGAUAUAGCCGAUGUUAGAAUGACAUUGAAUGAAGACAAAAUAAGGAGCAUCAUCAGAGUUCUAAGGAAAGAGAUAGGUCUUGUUUUAGCAGGUUUCGAUGUUGUUAUUGAUAAUGUGACAGGUGAUCAUGCCGUCAUAGAUAUUAAUGUGUUUCCAAGUUAUGAUAAUUUUCCUGAUUUCUUUGAACAUUUCUUAGAAUGUAUUGAUGAAAUUGUGAAUAGGAGCACUCAGAAUGUUUGCAAAAGUGAUGUGAGUAAUAUAUGUCAAUACACAUCUGGUAAUAUGUCGAAUGGAUUUAUGAAUGUUAGUUUAUGCCCCAGUAAAUAUGGUGUUACUGGAAUGAAUAUUAAUUAG